AAUACAUAACACAAAUAUAUCUAUAGUUCGUAAAUUAUUUCAUAUAUAAUAUAAUAUCACUUUGUAACAGUAGACAGUUAGCAUCCUGUUUAUCUUAGUCAUAAGUUAUAACUAAGAUAAACAGGAUGCUUGUAACAUGGAAGAUAAAAUAACAUAUUUUUAAGGUUUAUGGAAUCCUUAGACUCUUAGGGGCUAAAAAAGGUAACAUCUAAGGGUGCUAGCAACAACAGCAAUGCAACCAUUUAAGCCUAAAUAUGAGUGUUUUUUAAAUGAAGUAGAUACAGCAGGACUCUGUCUGGAAACGGUCAGUGACUUCAGCUGCCGUCCCCUGUGAAGACGGAAGCUACAAAGUGAUCAGAUGGAAGGGGUCAGAGCCAAAGGACCAGCCAUGGGGAAAGUGUGUGCGGCGGUUUGCUGUCUGCUGCUGAGCGUGGCAGCGGUGGCGGCCCAGACAGCUCAGAGUGAUCGAGCGCUGCCUCAGUGGCUCACCGGCAUCAUGGCCCUCUGCGGCUUCCUCUUCCUGUCCUUCGUCGGGUUCCUGGUGAAGAAGGCCUGGUGUGAGGAGCCCAGGUCAGAGGAGAGCUACAGAAGCCUGCAUCAUUUAAAAAAAAAAGUUUUGUGUGAGGGGCACACUCAAUGGGGGACAAAGGAGAACAAGACAAUGUCCAAGAGUACAGCACUUUUAGUUCAGUAUAAGAGAAGAAUAGAAUAG